AGAGUGAGAAGUGUUGGAUGAGAGCGAGAGGGGAAGACUGGAGCAGGGAAGAGUGCAACACGAAACACCAUCCUGGGGAGAGAGGUGUUUAAAGCGAAGGAUUCUCCAGUGUCUGUGACUGCUCAGAGUGAGAAACAGAGUGGAGUGGUGGAUGGGAGGAAGAUUUAUGUAAUUGACACCCCGGGGCUCUAUGACACAACAAUGUCUCCAGAAGAGAUGAAAAGUGAAAUAGUCAGGUGUAUAGAAAUGUCAGUCCCAGGACCCCACGCCUUCCUGCUGGUGAUCAGACUGGGGAGGUUCACAGAGGAGGAGCAGAACACUGUGAAGUGGAUCCAGGAGAGCUUUGGAGAAGAAUCCUCAAUGUACACCAUAGUGCUGUUCACACAUGGAGAUCAACUGAAGGGAAAAUCAGUGGAGGAGUUUCUGGCUAAGAGCAAAGAUCUACAGAAACUCAUCAAUAUCUGUGGGGGCAGAUAUCACUCCCUAAGCAAUGACAAGAGAAAAGACACUCAGGUCCCAGAGCUGCUGAAGAAGAUAGAGGAGAUGGUGUCGAGGAAUGGAGGAAAACACUACACCAAUGAGAUGUACCAGGAGGUCCAGAGGAAGAUCAACGAGGAAAAGGAGAGGAAGAGACAGGAAGAGAAGAGAGAGAGAGAGAGAGGAGACAGGAAGAGGAAGAAAUAAGAAAAAGAUAAGAAAAAUUGAAUGACUGCAAGUGGUCAGCACUUGCCAGUUCGGGUGCAUUGGGAGCCAUGUACAUCUCUCCAUGGUCGUUUGCAGCAGGGGCUGUAUUCGCCGCUGUUAAAGGUUAUGAAUGCAUGGACACCUAUUUCAAAU